AUGACUGAUGGGCAGAGUGCUAGUCAGGCAGCUCCUGUGAACAGUACUGCCCCAGUGGUUGGUUCUGAUACAGUUUCUCAGUUUUCUAUGUUGGUUGCUCAGAUGAUGAGCGAGACUCAGAAUAGGGCAUCUACUGUUCGAUCUAAAGAUGUAGAUAGACAUCUACAAAUAUUUCUGAAAUUGAAACCUCCUAGGUUUGAGGGCACUGUUGAGACUAGAGCAGUUGAGGAUUGGUUAAGAAUGUUGGAAAAGAUAUUUGACGGUAUGCAAUGUCCUUCUGAUAUGAAGGUACCGUUAGCUAUUUUUUUGUUAGAUGGGGAAGCAGAGCGCUGGUGGACGGGCCAGCAGGAGGAGAAAUUCCAAGGUAAAUUGAACUUUCUGAUUACUUGGGAGGAAUUUUUUGAAGUAUUUCGAUCGCGGAAGAGAUUCAGUGGUGAUACUUCUGGCAGUGGGUUUUUUAAAAAGAAGAGAUUUGUAUCUAGAGACCCCAAGAGGAGUGGACAGUUUGUGUCCACUAUAGUUUCUGGUAGUGGCAGUGUGACUAGUUCUGGAUCAGUCAGUGGGGCGCCUGUGUGCCAGACUUAUGGAAGAAGACAUUAUGGCCAGUGCUACAGGAUGACUGGUCAGUGUUUCAGAUGUGGUCAUCCAGGACAUCAGAUUACUGAGUGUCUACAGGCUGGAUCUGAUCGACGAUCUGAGUCAAGAUAUGAUAGUUUUGCCAGAUCAGUAGGAAGGUCGACGACAGUUCCUCCACAUACUAUUUCUGAGGGAUUCUUUGGUAGAGCUGGUGGAUCAGAUUUUAUGGCGAGGAGACCACCAAGUGGUAGUCAGAGGGAGUCUGGUAGUUCUGCAGCUCCAGCUCCAAUUCAACCACGUGUAUAUAGUUUGAAUCAGCAAAAGGCUCGAGAUACUCCAGAUGUGGUAACAUGUACGAUUUUUAUUUCUGAACAUCUCUGUCGUGUUUUGUUUGAUUCUGGAGCUAGUCACUCGUUUAUUUUCGAGCUUUAUUUUGAUGCUUUGCGUCUGGAUUCUGUGACGUUACUGAUUUAG